AUGGAACUGGGCCCGGAGCCCCCGCACCGCCGCCGCCUGCUCUUCGCCUGCAGCCCCCCUCCUGCGCCGCCUGUCGUGAAGGCGCUGUUCGGCACGCCAGCCGCCGGUGGCCUGUCGCCUGUCACCAACCUGACGGUCACCAUGGAUCAGCUGCAGGGACUGGGCAGUGAGUGUGAACAGCCGCUGGAGGUGAAGAACAGCAGUCUGCAGAGAACGGGCUCCUCUGAGUCAACCGAUUCAGGCUUCUGUCUGGAUUCUCCUGGGCCCUUGGACAGUAAAGAAAACCUUGAAAAUCCCAUGAGGAGAAUAAAUUCCUUACCUCAAAAGCUCUUGGGUUGUAGUCCAGCUCUGAAGAGGAGCCAUUCUGAAUCUCUUGACCACGAUGUCUUUCAGCUGAUGGACCAGGAUGAGAACAAGGAAAACGAAGCCUUUGAGUUUAAGAAGCCAAUAAGACCUGCAUCUCGUGGCUGCCUACACUCUCAUGGACUUGAGGAGGGUAAAGAUCUCUUCACACAGAGGCAGAGCUCUGCCCCAGCUCGGAUGCUUUCCUCAAAUGAAAGAGAUAGCGGUGAACCAGGGCAUCUCAUUCCUCUUUUUAUGCCCCAGUCACCUGUGACUGCCACUUUGUCUGAUGAAGAUGAUGGCUUCAUGGACCUCCUUGAUGGAGAGAAUCUGAAGAACGAUGAAGAGACCCCGUCCUGCAUGGCAAGCCUCUGGACAGCUCCCCUUGUCAUGAGAAGAACUACAAACAUUGACAAUCGGUGUAAGCUGUUCGACUCCACUUCCCCGGGUGGCUCCACCAUGCGGUCAAUGUUGAAAAGACCAGAACGAUCUCAAGAGGAGUCCCCACCUGGACACACAAAGCGGAGGAAGAGCAUGGCUUGGGCCAGUCCCGACGAAGCAGCUUGUUCAGAGAAGCCCCAGGAGAUUCUACAUCAGUCUUUAUCCCUGGUGGCUUCCUCAAAAGGGACCAUUGAGAACAUUUUGGAUAAUGACCCACGGGACCUUAUAGGAGACUUCUCCAAGGGUUAUCUCUUUAAUACAGUUGCUGGGAAGCAUCAGGAUUUAAAAUACAUCUCUCCAGAAAUUAUGGCCUCUGUUUUGAAUGGAAAGUUUGCCAACCUCAUUAAAGAGUUCGUUAUUAUCGACUGCCGGUACCCAUAUGAAUAUGAGGGAGGCCACAUCAAGGGUGCGGUGAACUUGCACAUGGAGGAGGAGGUCGAAGACUUCUUACUCAAGAAGCCCAUCAUGCCUGCUGACGGCAAGCGUGUCAUCGUGGUGUUCCACUGUGAAUUUUCUUCUGAGCGAGGCCCUCGCAUGUGCCGCUACGUGAGAGAGAGAGAUCGGCUCGGGAACGAGUACCCCAAACUCCACUACCCUGAGCUGUAUGUCCUGAAGGGCGGAUACAAGGAGUUUUUUCUGAAAUGCCAGUCUCACUGUGAGCCCCCCAGCUACCGGCCCAUGCACCAUGAGGACUUUAAAGAAGACCUGAAGAAGUUCCGCACCAAGAGCCGGACCUGGGCAGGGGAGAAGAGCAAGAGGGAGAUGUACAGCCGCCUGAAGAAGCUCUGA